GAACUCGACGUUUUUGCAUAUAAAUCCUGCUGGCGAGAUGCACAGACGACCUGUUGCUCUUCCUGUUCUCUGUUGUCCCUUUUUCUUUCCUUCUUAUCAUGGUCCGGGGUAUUAUCUCCCUUUUUCUUUUUCUCUCUGGCCUGUCUGCCUUUGCUGUGCAAGGCGCGAAGGUGUCCGCGCGGGGACCCUCCAAGGCCAACGAUGUGAUCGUCCAGAUGUUUGAGUGGCCGUGGGAUAGUGUUGCAUCCGAAUGCAGUUUCUUGGGCUCAGCCGGGUUCGGAUUUGUGCAAGUCAGCCCGCCGACGGAGCACAUCACGGGCCCGCAGUGGUUUACGGACUAUCAACCGGUGUCGUAUACGAUUUCAUCGAAGCGAGGCAACCGGACGCAGUUCGCGAACAUGGUCUCGAGCUGCAAUUCCGCGGGAGUAGGGAUCAUCGCAGAUGUGGUUACGAACCAUAUGACCAGCGGAGCAGGAACCGGCUUCGCAGGCACUGUGUACACCAAGUACAGCUAUCCGAUCUACUCUGCCGACAAGUUUCACUACUGCCAAGGUGGCACCACGGCAUCGACGAUCUCCAACUUUGACAAUAUCACGGAAGUCCGCACCUGCGAGCUUGUCGGAUUGGCCGACUUGGCCCAAGAGCAGCCUGCUGUUCAGAGCACGAUCGCGGGACUCUUGAACGAUCUGCUGUCUCUGGGCGUGGCUGGCUUCCGGGUGGACGCUGCCAAACACAUGGACCCGGGCACCCUCAAAGCCAUCUUUUCGCAGUUGAAUGGAUCGCCGUAUAUCAUCCAGGAGGUGCCAGCCGGCGGUGCCAGCGAGCCCGCCCAGUAUACCGGUAACGGGGAUGUUAUCGAAUUCGGUGCCACCUCGUUCCUUCAACAGUCGUUUGAGGGAAGCAACGGGAACUCGGUGUCGAACUUAGUCACUCCCACCCCCCUCAGUUCAGAAUUCGGGAUUAUUGAUGGCCUAAAUGCCAAUUUCAUCAUGGCUAACCAAGACACGGAACGUUCCGGGAACUCGCUCACCAGUAAUUCAGCCAACAACGCUUACGUGCUCUCCGCCAUCUUCAUGCUUGGCUUCAACUACGGCACUCCGACGGUCUUCUCUGGAUACAAUUUCACGUCGUUUGACCAGGGCGCCCCUCAAGACGCUGCUGGCUUUACUGACGAGAUCACCUGCUUCCAGAAUGGAUUCCGAUGCGAGCACCGCUUCACGGCAAUCGCAAACAUGGUUCAAUACCACAACGAAGUUGGCUCUAAUCCGCUGACGAACAUCGCUGUCGGCACGAAACAGCAAGUGGCGUUCGGUCGCGGUGCUGCCGGAUUCUUGGUCGUGAAUAACGACGCCACGGCAUGGUCUCAAACUUUCGCUACGUCUCUGCCAGCGGGGAAUUACUGUGACAUCAUCCACGACUCGGACCCGAACCCAGCAACUUGCACAGGACCGACAAUCACUGUGGCCGCCGAUGGGACAUUUUCUGCUUCCGUCAACGCUUUCGAUGCGCUUGCAAUCCGCGCUAGUUCCAGUCAGUCCGUGAUCUUUCCGGAGACGACAUACUCAGCGGAUUUUUCAAUAGCUGCUCCGUAACGAUGGCCGAGAGGAAAAUUGAACAUCAUGUGACCAGGAUGACUCUGUGUCGGCAUGUCUUAGUUACACCUUCAUUUCGUCUUUACCCGUCCCGCGAUAAAUACGCGAGCUUUGUUUCAGGGAGGUCCAGCCAUCAUGCUUGGUCUCCCGGCCUUGACCAGCCUCCUGCUCCUGCCAUCUGUUGUCGCGUUCCCGCAUCUCUUCGACGUACGGGAGAGCACAGCCUCAGCUACGCAACCGAGCCCAAGUACGACGAGUCUCCCGGAUUCGGCACUCAAU